CACAGAGGUAUAGGCAGCGUUUGGCCCAACCCAAAUGAGAACCGUGAGAGGAAGCGAUGAUGACUACAGCGCGUAGAUCGGCAGCUGGAAGCGAGAGGUGCCCUGGUUGCUCGGUUUGAACGGUGAACACAAGUGCCUGCCAGCACCCGUAGGCUACACAUCCAAGGCACCGGAGAGCUGUAACUCGUACAGUUGGAUCGGAGAGGGAUAUGGUCCAAUAUUUCUCACUCUAUCUUCUCCACCCUGAUUUUUGGUUUUGAGAUGCAGCUCAUGUUGUGCCAUCCUGUCAGCGCGGUAAACUUUACGGCAUAUGAGUCAAAUGUAACUUGUUAAAAGUGCCAAAAGAAAGAGACAAGUUAAUUCACUAAAAAUGUCAACGACGUACCUUAGCUCUCAAGCGCCCAACCAGAGCUACCUAUCGACGGCUACCUACGAGAAGACAGACCCCUCGGAGAUGGAGAGGCAAAUUCGCCUUCUGCUUUUCGGCUUGUGCGUAAUCAUCGCUGCUGCUACCCUUGUCGGAGGUGUGUAUUCGCUGCUCUCACUCCUCCGGUUGAGGAGAAAAAGCUCCUUGUGUCUUAUCGUGGCUUCUAUGUCAGUGGACGAUCUCCUCAGUGUGGUCCCUCUGUCCUUGUUCAUGCUCCUGCAGUGGGAGAGAGAUGGAGGUGGAUGGUCGGGCAGCCUGUGUACUUUAUCUGGACUUCUGUACGUGUUCCAGGGUGUUUCAAGCAAUAUGAAGGCAUGCCUAAUAGUAGCUUACACUUUUUAUGUCACCAAGAGAUUUGGAGUACUCCAAUCUGUCCGCCGGCCACUAAGAAUGAUGUGGGCCAUUGCCGGUGUGUGGGCAGUGAGCCUCGCCGUCAGUGUGUUACCUUUGUGCGGAUGGGGAAGCUUUACGCCUGCCCCUCUCGGGUGUUUCCCAGAGAGCGACAGUUUUUACACCCUGAUGUUGUUCUCUUUAUAUUCCAUGUGUUUCUGCGGCAUGUUAUUUUUCUUUACCCCCCUCACCUAUCAGCUGCUGUGCUCUAGGGAGCCCCAGAGGACUUUACUGUACCCCAGCUAUUCAGAGAUGGCGAGGGGACUGAGUGGCUCUGCCCCCCUCUGUGACCUUCCUGCUUUUUCCCGGGACAGCCUAAACAAAAGUUUCGGGGCCUACAACGAGCUGAGCCCGAGUUCAUGCGGGACGAAGAUCAUGGAGAAAGAAGACAGUGGUUUGUCCCCAGUGUCAGUCAGCGGGCAGAGGACAGCUGCUAUCGGGGAUACACCAGUGGUGUUUGCACAAAAACGCUUCUCCAUGAUCCUUGCGGUUGUCCGAGUUAUUUUAUGGAUGCCAAUGAUGACGUUGGUGCUUGUGCGCCACGCAGUAAAUGCACGCAGCUCAUCCCUGGAGACGCUGAGCUUCUUUCUUACUCUGCUUGCCCCUGCGGUCACUCCAUUAUUCGUGCUGUCUGAGCGCUGGAUCCACAUGCCAUGCGGCUGCUUCAUUAACUGCAAACAGGAUCCAACGCAGGAACCCUCAGUGAUGAAAAGAAGAUUUGAGUUCAACCUUUCCAUCCAACAAGGCUAUGGAGUCUACAAGUUGUCACAUGCCACUAUGCCUCAUAACAGUCCACCUCUUGGGAAGCCUGACCUUCACAGCUUCUUUAACUGUGACUUCCCCAAUAGCCGCCUUGAGACACUAGAAAGCGGCGGGCUCCUCAGCCUAGGGCCUGAUUUUGAUUUCAGCACCACAUUCCCUGUGGACAGUUUCUCUCAAGCAGACCUUCCAUUGGAAGCAGUGGCCAGUGGAGGAGCGGCGCUGACUGAUUGUCUUUCACUUCCUCGUGAACACCACGGAGAUGAAGGCGACCGCUGCGUCUCUUCGCAUCACAAGGAGCAGGAUCACAAUCUCACCGAUACGUCAUUUGUGUUCGAGGGCCCAGAGAGGAGGCUGUCCCAUGAGGAGUGUCGGAAAAUCGAGCUGACAGACUGGGAGUGGUGCAGGAGUAAAUCAGAGAGAACACCAAGACAGCGGUCAUCAGGUGGUCUGUCAAUACCCCUGUGCGCCUUUCAGGGCACCGUAUCUCUGCAAGCCCCAACUGGGAAGACCCUCUCUCUUUCCACCUAUGAAGUCUGCAGUGACGGACUCAAAAUCUCCCCCAACAAUGCCAAGAAGGUGGAGGUGUAUCGCUCCAAAUCAGUUGGCCACGAGCCCAGUGCAGACGAGUCAUCAUCAGGAGGCAAGGCUGGAGACGUGAAUGUCAGCAGUGUAGGGAUGGGCGUGGGGAUUGGACUGGGGAUGGGCAUCGGAUCUGGUGUGGGGGACACCAACGUGAAGAUCCACCUUGAGGUGCUAGAGAUCUGUGACAACGAGGAGGCCAUGGACAGUGUCUCCAUCAUCUCCAACAUCAGCCAGUCCUCCACCCACACCCGCUCGCCAUCACUGCGCUACUCACGAAGGGAAAACCGCUUUGUCUCCUGCGACCUUGGGGAGACGGCUUCCUACUCUCUGCUCAUCCCCAGCAGUGGCAACCUGGAGGCAGAAACCAUCAAUAUCAACAUACCUGACACUGUAGAGGCUCAUCGGCAGAACAGCCGGCGGCAAACACAGGAGAGCUCUGGGUAUCAUGAGGAGAUACAGCUGCUCAACGAGGCCUACAGGAAGCAAGAUGGGGAGAGGGAAGAGUGACAGAGAUAUCCAGGAUAACAAGAAGUGUCUCUUAGGAACAGCUUGAAAGAGCCCCUCUGAUAGCAAAUGAAAGACACAUUUUCUAAUCAUUCCACAUUUAUGUAUAAACCUGAGAGGUGACAAAAUUAGAGACUUUAUCCUUUUUCUCAUACAAAGGCUGCACAGUGUCAGGAGUUUCCCUUUCACACACUCAACAGGAUAUUGUCCAUAUCAGAAACAUUGUCACUAAAUGGAGUCCAUUAUCUUGGGUAGAGCCUGCAGGAGGCCAGACAAAUAACAGACCGAUUACACCUCGUUCACAUGGAUGGUUCGUCAUUUGUCGUAAUUUGACAGAAACUUCCUGCAUCAGUCCUUGCACACAGAACUCCCUGAAUCUCAUUGUAUUUCCAGUUUCUCCAAUUUCAAGCCAGCCACCAUAGAAACGUCAUCAACGCGCCGACUCACUGUCCGUGAAUGGUACAACGAGCAGCUCUAUUAACACAUGAACUCAAAGCAGACAACACACAGGGUUUGCUCCUGGGAGCUGGCAGGUUAAAGUAUGUAAUGUGUGAUUCAAGCAAUCUGGCUUUUGUGUUCUCACAUACAGCUCCUCUGGGUAUGGUAUAGAUCAUUUCAGGGUUGCAGCGCAUGUGUGAAAGGGACUUUAGCUUAAGAGUUUUAUUACAGUCCGUUUGCUUACGGCCCGUCCACACUACAGCUUCAAAAAAAGCUUGGAGCUGGGCGUGUCUGAAGCUCGACCAACAACCAAUCACAUGAAUCUCCCGCCCCUGACACCCAAGCAGCGGUUUGAUUGGCUAGAGCUUGUACUGGCAUAUGAUUUGAUUGGCUGACGCUUCCACCGAAAGCUUCAGAAGCUUCAAAAGUUGAACAUUGCUCAACUUUUGCAGCCUGAAACGCCAGGAAAGCUCCGCUCUGCUUCCCACAAUGCAGUUCGGCGAAAAGUGACGUCACCCCAUUCAAAGUGAAUGGGCAGACGCGUUGGAAACCGUUUUUGAAGCUGUCGAAGCUGUAGUGUGGACGGGCCGUUACUCUUGUACUUCCGCUUUAGAUUAAAUCACAAGAGCUAAUGCAUCACCUGUCUGUGUGUAGAGUAAAUUAAAAGCAGAUAAUUCUUCAAAUGAAGAUAUAAAAAAAAAGAAAAAGGUAGGAUAUAUCAACAGUAUUUCAGCAGAGCAUUUCUUGUGUCACCAUUUAGCAGCCUGCAUCUUACCUAAAAUGGAUACAGGGAGAGAGACAUUCACUAAGACGAUGCGGUGCCAGGGUCUAGUCACAAGUCUGAUAUGAAGCCACUCUUGCAGACUACGUCAUUGGUGAUUCAGCCAUGAGGGGAAGGGUCAUCUGACCCAUGUGUCUGACUCAUCUCAAUGUGUGUUGUUGUGCAUUGUUGUGUGUAAGAAGUAGCCUGGCCCAUAACAAUGAGGCUAUUAGAAUUAUGGUUUCAGAUGUCAUCUAAAAUUCACAUGUUUCUUUCUUGUAUUUUUUUUUAUUCUGCAUAAUUUUAUUGUAUCUGUGGUGUGUUUUCUUUUGAGUCCAGGUGAUAUGUCUGUGCAUUUAGAAAUAUGUUGCUAAUGAGAGGGACACUAUACAUCUUAAAAAUAUCAAAAAGGAUAGUACAGGCCAACGAUUAGAGUGAAAGUGCAAGCGAUUAUUGUAGAAGUAGUCAAGAGUGCUGUUUUCUGCCUCAUGCACAUUUAGUGAAAUCGAAAUGUGUCACAGUGUGUAUUUGUUUACAGUAUAGGCACUAGGCAGCAAAUGAAUGUACAUUUUAGAGCCACUUUGGGGGAUCAUUUCCCUAACUGCUCGGUUCACUGCCCAUCCAAUCAGUGAGAAAACAUGGUCUAUCACUUUCUACAUGCAUACAUUCUGGACUAAAAUGUUAUAGAUAUUAUUAUAUAUUUCAGUACUGUUUUUGGUAACCUGGAAUUGUACGGAGCCCUACAGAACAUGGAGAAGAAGAAAAAAAUGUAUUUUUAAAAAAAAGAAAAUGUUUUGCGAGAUAUCGCAAAACUUUUCAUUUAGCUCAAUACGGUCAGUUCGGCAACACAGAAACCACAACAAUGGAGCGGUUCAUCGAUUUUACUUUGAGCUUGGCCUUAAAUAUAAAGAUAUAACAUCAGUGCUUGGCAAUAGGCACGGGUUUCACAUAAGUGAAGGACACCUCAAGAGAACACUCCGAGCGAGGGGACAUGCACGUCGCAAAGCAUACUCUGAGCUGAGUUAUUGACAGAUUCGAAUUACGCGGAUCAAUAACUCAUGAACAUAACGUUCUCCAUGUCCCCUAGGGGGCUCCGUACUAUUCCGAGUGCUACCCGGCAAAAUGUAAAAAGAAAAUAAUGUACAGGCGUAUGAAUCAUAAUGAAUGUAACGUUUUAUUCAAUGUCAACCAUUUGAGAUGUUAAUGGUGCCAAAGGUUUUCAAUUGAGCAGCUUCAUCUCCACAGCCUAACCAAGAGGAAAUAAUUUGAUCAUCUGCUUAUUCUCACUUUCAAACAGGACAACAGUUCAGCUUCUGGUCAAGCAUUCUCAUAAAUCCUUGUGAUCAAUAAACUGCUAUUUGCUUUGUUUGAAA